AUGGUGGUUGGAGGAUGGAGGAUGGUGGUUGGUGGUUGUAGGUUGGAGGUUGGAGGUUGGAGGUUGGUGGUUGUAGGUUGGUGGUGUAGGUGGAGGUUGGAGGUUGGAGGUUGGUGGUUGGUGGUUGUAGGUUGGUGGUUGGUGGUUGGUGGUCGGAGGUCGGUGGUCGGAGGUUGUAGGUCGGUGGUCGGAGGUUGUAGGUCGGUGGUCGGAGGUUGGUGGUUGGUGGUUGUAGGUUGGUGGUCGGAGGUCGGUGGUCGGAGGUUGGUGGUUGUAGGUUGGGGGUUGGGGGUUGGAGGUCGGAGGUUGGGGGUUGGAGGUUGGUGGUCGGAGGUUGUAGGUUGGGGGUUGGAGGAUGGAGGAUGGAGGAUGGUGGUUGGAGGAUGGUGGUUGGAGGAUGGUGGUUGGUGGUUGUUGGAGGUUGGAGGUUGUAGGUUGGUGGUUGUAGGUUGGAGGUUGGAGGUUGUAGGUUGGUGGUUGUUGGAGGUUGGAGGUCGGAGGUUGGUGGUUGUAGGUUGGAGGUUGGAGGUUGGUGGUUGGUGGUUGUAG